UGCACCAAUAUGUUCUCUCAAACAGUUCGUCGAUGUUUCUCAACUACUGCAGCGGAAUCCUUCUUAUCUAAACACCUCACCUGGCUGCUGCGCCAUGGAGCGGCUUCCAAUAGGCUGUCUAUUCGUCCGGAUGGUUAUAUCAGGGUCAAUGAGGUGAAAAAUUGCUCAAGCGCCCUCCGUCUGGAUCCUGAAGAGCUGGAUGAAUACCUCGAAUAUCUCGUCACAACACGAAUACACAAGUACUUGAGCGUUGUGGAAGACUAUGACGUUCGUAUUGGUGGCCCAACUUGGUGGAUUCGAGCCAAACGACACCACGCGAACAAGUCGGUAGAUACCUCCAUGAAAAGGAUCAAUACAACCCAAGAGCUGCCUUUGGCCGUAUUUGCCGUUGACCAUGGAACUGGUAAUUUAGCAGCUCAACAUGGGAUUCCUCAAGCCGAUGACCAGUUCAUUCAUCUCCUCCGAGUUGGUCCCCAAGAAAAUUUUAUCUAUGGCCGAGGUGCCCACUUUCCUGUCUGUAUCUUUCUCGAUGUCGAAAAGCUACUGGCAGCUGGUGUUCAACUGUUUCCGACCCCUGACGGCCAUCACGUUCUAACCACAGGCGACGAGAACAACACGAUACCGCCUUCCUUCUUUACGAAAGUUGUCCGUAUCAAAUUGACACAGACUGAGCUCUCGUGGAAACGAAGUCAAGAAACACCAACUUCCGAUGUGUCUACAUCUACCUAUUCCGGGCAUUUAUAG